AAGUUUGAGACAGAAAUAGAGAAAGUUCUGUGCAACACAAUAAUUAUUUCUGGAGUUGCACUGUUUUUAAAUUGGCACUGGCCCGCAUCUUGUUGAGGAAUUAUUUUCUUCUAAGACAGAAUCCAUUCCGCCUGCAGAGCUGCGGUCAGAGAGCUCACGGUCAUUGUGGGAAAACAACGUGUUGUGAAACGCGCCGAGAUGGAAACGCAGCUCCCGCCUCACGUGGGAGACGCGCUCUCCGUGGUUGACAUGCACACGGGUGGGGAGCCUCUACGGAUCAUCCGCGGCGGCUACCCGGAGGUCAAAGGUGACAGUGUGCUGUCCAAACGGCGUUACGUCCGGGAACAUCUGGAUCACCUGAGGAAGGUGCUGAUGUACGAGCCGCGGGGCCACCACGACAUGUACGGGGCCCUGAUCGUGGACAGCGAGAUACCCGAGGCGGAUGUGGGGGUGCUGUUCAUGCACAACGAGGGGUACAGCACCAUGUGCGGCCACGCCGUGGUCGCGCUGGGGCGCUACACCGUGGACUACAAGCUGGUGAAAGAGCCACAGUCGCCAGAGACUCAAGUGAACAUCCACUGUCCCUGUGGCCUGGUGAAGGCCUUUGUCGAGUACUCUGGAGGAAAGACCGGAGGAGUGAGGUUUCACAGCGUGCCGGCGUUUGCGUUCGCAACGGAUGUGACGGUGGCGGUGGAGCGGUUUGGUGACGUGACGGUGGACGUCGGCUACGGAGGAGCCUUCUACGCCUUUGUCGACGCCCAGAGGUUCGGCCUCGACGUCGCCAAGUCCAGGACUCGAGAUCUGGUCGACGCAGCCACAGCGGUGACCAACGCCGUCAAAUCUCAGGUGAAGUUACAUCACCCAACCAGUGAUGAUCUGGCCUUCCUCUAUGGCACCAUCCUCACUGACGGCAAAGAUCAAUACUCCUCGGAUCCCAGCGCCAAUAUCUGUGUGUUUGCUGAAGCUCAGGUGGACCGGAGCCCCACUGGUUCUGGUGUUACAGCCCGAGUGGCUCUUCAGUAUCACAAAGGUCUCAUCCAGCUGAACCAGACCAGGACGUUUCAGAGCGGAGCCACUGGAUCCCAGUUCACGGGGAAAGCUGUUGAGGAGACCAAGUGUGGAGACUUCCGGGCCGUCGUGGUGGAAGUUGCCGGCAGAGCGUUUUACACCGGAGUCUCGAGCUUCGUGCAGGAGCCGGACGACGAGCUGACGCACGGGUUUCUACUGAAGUGAGCCUCAAAUCACAGGUCGCUAUAAAAUAGUGUUAUACAUUAAAAAAAAAUUGUUAAAAUAUUAGAUAGUAAGUGCUAUGUGACUUAGCAAACAAUAGAACAUCUCCAAAAUAAAAAUUGGAUCUGUAACAAAGAGACUAGCACAAUUUUAUAUUUGUUUUAAGUAUUAAAUCGAUAUGUAUUACAUGAGUGUUGAAUUAAUAAAUAAGUAUUUGUUUAUAAUUAUUAUUAUUAUGAUUAUGGCUGAAAUGAUCCGCCUUUCACAAGGACUGGUUUUAAAAAAUGUAAAAUAAAAAUGUACUUGCAUCGAG